AAUACUAUAGUUAUUGAACCUCCUAUGCAUGCUGCAGCAAAAGCAAUUGAAAUUUUUAAAGAAUGGAUAUAUACAUACAAAGAACUACAAUAUAACAAUCAAGCUGUUAAACAAAUACUAGAACAGGAAUUAGAAUUAGAACAUAAUCAAGUUAUAGAAUAUAAAGAAAAUGAACAAAAUUUCAAACAUAAGAGAAAUACUGAAACUAUACAACUAAUUGUUUAG